AUGGAUGGCCCGACGCGGGGCCAUGGACUCCGCAAAAAGCGGCGGUCGCGGUCGCAGCGAGACCGGGAGAGGCGCUCCCGGGGCGGGCUGGGGGCCGGCGCGGCCGGCGGCGGCGGGGCCGGCCGGACCCGGGCGCCCUCGCUCGCCUCGUCGUCGGGCUCCGACAAGGAAGACAAUGGGAAGCCCCCGUCCUCCGCCCCGUCCCGGCCCAGACCCCCGCGGAGGAAGCGGAGAGAGUCCACCUCGGCCGAAGAGGACAUCAUUGAUGGAUUUGCCAUGACCAGCUUUGUCACUUUUGAAGCGCUGGAGAAAGAUGUAGCACUUAAGCCUCAGGAACGUGUGGAGAAACGCCAGACCCCUCUGACCAAGAAGAAACGAGAAGCACUUACUAACGGCCUGGCCUUUCAUUCUAAGAAGAGUAGACUCAGCCACCCACAUCAUUACAGCUCAGACCGAGAGAAUGACCGCAACCUCUGCCAGCACCUUGGGAAGAGGAAGAAGAUGCCGAAGGGACUCAGACAGCUGAAGCCAGGCCAGAACAGCUGCAGGGACAGUGACAGUGAAAGCGCCAGCGGAGAAUCCAAGGGCUUCCACAGGAGCAGCUCCCGGGAAAGGCUCAGUGAUAGUUCAGCUCCUUCCAGCUUGGGAACAGGCUACUUCUGUGACAGCGACAGUGACCAGGAAGAGAAGGCAUCAGAUGCCAGCUCUGAAAAGCUCUUCAAUACUGUUAUUGUAAACAAAGAUCCGGAGUUAGGUGUCGGCACACUGCCCGAACAUGACAGCCAGGAUGCAGGGCCGAUUGUCCCCAAGAUAUCCGGUCUAGAGAGAAGCCAGGAGAAGAGCCAGGACUGUUGCAAAGAGCCCAUCUUUGAGCCCGUGGUGCUUAAAGACCCCUGCCCUCAGGUCCCCCAGCCGCUACCCCAGCCCCAGGCGGAACCCCAGCCCCGAGCUCCUUCUCCAGACCCCGACCUGGUGCGGCGCACAGAGGCCCCGCCUCAGCCCCCACGUCCAAGCACACAGCCACCACAGGCGCCCCCAGAGGCCCAGCUUCAGCCCGCCCCUCAGCCUCCGGUGCAGAGGCCGCCGAGGCCGCAGUCCCCCACCCAGCUUCUCCACCAGAGUCUCCCGCCUGUGCAGGCCCAUCCCUCAUCCCAGAGCCUCACCCAGCCAUUGUCCGCCUACAACAGCAGUAGCUUAAGCCUCAACAGCUUAAGCAGUAGCAGAAGCAGCACCCCAGCAAAGACUCAGCCCGCCCCGCCUCACAUCUCUCACCACCCUUCGGCCUCCCCGUUCCCCCUGUCACUGCCCAACCACAGCCCCUUGCACAGCUUCACACCCACCCUCCAGCCCCCCGCACACUCACAUCACCCCAAUAUGUUCGCCCCUCCCACGGCUCUGCCUCCGCCACCACCUCUGACUUCAGGGAGUCUGCAGGUCCCCGGACACCCGGCCGGAAGCACUUACUCAGAGCAAGACAUCUUGCGACAGGAACUGAACACACGCUUUCUGGCCUCUCAGAGUGCUGACCGUGGGGCUUCCCUGGGCCCUCCGCCCUACCUGCGGACCGAGUUCCACCAGCACCAGCACCAGCACCAGCACACGCACCAGCACACGCACCAGCACACCUUCACGCCGUUCCCCCACGCCAUCCCCCCCACCGCCAUCAUGCCGACGCCAGCACCUCCCAUGGUGCGUACCCCAGGCAGAAAUUUUGACAAAUACCCUACAAAAGUUGACCCAUUCUACCGGCACAGUCUCUUCCAUUCCUACCCUCCUGCAGUAUCGGGCAUCCCCCCUAUGAUUCCACCCACUGGUCCUUUUGGUUCACUACAAGGAGCAUUUCAGCCGAAGACCUCCAACCCUAUCGAUGUUGCUGCUCGACCCGGGACCGUCCCGCACACUCUGCUCCAGAAGGACCCGAGGUUGACAGAUCCUUUCAGACCUAUGUUAAGGAAACCAGGGAAGUGGUGUGCUAUGCAUGUUCACAUCGCCUGGCAAAUCUACCACCACCAACAGAAAGUCAAGAAACAGAUGCAGUCAGACCCACAUAAGCUGGACUUCGGAUUGAAACCCGAGUUCCUGAGCCGCCCCCCAGGCCCCAGCCUCUUCGGAGCCAUCCACCACCCCCAUGACCUGGCCCGGCCUUCAACUUUGUUCUCUGCCGCUGGUGCUGCACACCCAACCGGGACCCCUUUUGGGCCACCGCCUCAUCACAGCAACUUCCUUAACCCUGCCGCUCACCUGGAGCCUUUUAACCGUCCGUCUACGUUCACUGGCCUCGCAGCGGUUGGUGGCAAUGCCUUCGGGGGACUUGGAAAUCCUUCAGUUACACCCAACUCAAUGUUCGGCCACAAGGAUGGCCCCAGUGUGCAGAACUUUAGCAGCCCUCACGAGCCCUGGAACCGGCUGCACCGAACGCCUCCGUCGUUCCCGACCCCUCCGCCCUGGCUGAAGCCAGGCGAGCUGGAGCGUAGCGCGUCCGCUGCAGCUCAUGACAGAGAUAGAGACGUAGAUAAACGAGACUCAUCUGUUAGUAAAGAUGACAAAGAAAGGGAAAGCGUUGAGAAAAGACACUCCAGCCACCCUUCACCAGCACCUAUCCUCCCAGUGAGCACCCUGGGACAUAACCGUAGCUCCGCUGAACAGAUCAGGGGUCAUUUGAACACUGAGGCUCGCGAGAAAGACAAAUCCAAAGAGAGGGAGAGAGACCACUCGGAAUCCCGCAAGGACCUGACCGCCGACGAGCACAAGGCGAAGGAGGGCCACCUGCCGGAGAAGGACGGCCACGGCCACGAGGGGCGAGCCACGGGCGAAGAGGCCAAGCAGCUGGCCCGGGUGCCGUCACCCUACGUGCGGACCCCCGUGGUGGAGAGCGCCAGGCCCAACAGCACCUCGAGCCGCGAGGCCGAGCAGCGCAAGAGCGAGCCGGCCUACGAGAACCCCAAGAAGAGCUCGGAGGUCAAGGUGAAGGAGGAGCGCAAGGAAGACCACGACCUGCCUCCGGAGGCCCCGCAGACCCACCGGUCUUCGGAGCCACCUCCUCCAAACUCCUCGUCCAGCGUGCACCCGGGGCCCCUGGCCUCGAUGCCCAUGACGGUGGGGGUGACGGGCAUUCACCCCAUGAACAGCAUCAGCAGCCUGGACAGGACUCGCAUGAUGACCCCGUUCAUGGGCAUCAGCCCCAUCCCGGGCGGAGAGCGGUUCCCGUACCCUUCUUUCCACUGGGACCCCAUACGGGACCCUCUGAGGGAUCCCUACCGAGAACUUGACAUUCACCGGAGAGACCCGCUGGGCAGGGACUUCCUGCUAAGGAACGACCCUCUGCACCGUCUCUCGACGCCGCGGCUCUACGAAGCCGAUCGCUCCUUCAGGGACAGGGAGCCUCACGAUUACAACCACCACCACCACCACCACCACCACCCUCUGUCUGUGGACCCUCGGCGGGAGCACGAGCGCGGGGCUCACCUGGAAGAGCGGGAGCGCUUGCACAUGCUCAGAGAAGACUACGAACACACACGGCUCCACCCCGUGCACCCCGCCUCCCUGGACGGACACCUGCCGCACCCCAGCCUCCUCACCCCGGGGCUCCCCAGCAUGCACUACCCCAGGAUCAGCCCCACCGCGGGGCACCAGAACGGACUGCUCAACAAGACCCCCCCGACGGCGGCGCUGAGCGCGCCCCCCCCGCUCAUUUCCACGCUGGGGGGCCGCCCGGUCUCCCCCAGAAGGACUACCCCUCUGUCUGCAGAGAUGAGGGAGAGGCCUCCUUCCCACACCCUGAAGGAUAUCGAAGCUCGGUAAGGAGGGCAGGACGCGAGGGAGGAAAGAGAAGCCCUUGCACACCAACAGGGCGCCAGACCGGAGACGGGGAGCCAGCACGGGCCCACCAGACUGGGGGAGGGGGGCGCACGCCCCGCCUCCUCCCCUUGUAAAAAAUGUAUAGGCUCCAGUGCAGAUUUUGAAAUGUUUUUUUUUUUUUUUUUUGUAUAUCAUAUGUUGAAAUUUUUCAGAUCUUUCAGCCAAGUCCUAUGUUCUCAUGUCUCUAACUCUUUUGGUUUCUCGCAUAAGACUUUUUGAUUUGAACCAAAACAGUGAAGACGACAGACACACAGCGACGCGGUGGUGACUGGGGGAGAGACAGACAGCGGUCCACGCAGCCCAUCGUGCGAAGCUCCUUCAGAUGAGAAAGGAAGGCCAUGUACAUAGCUAUGUAAAAACACACACACAGAAAAAACAAAAAACGAAACACAAAAACACAUUGCUUCGUGAGCUAAUGGUUCAUAUAUGCAAAGGGUAAGAUAAAAGCUUUACUUUGUACAAAUGUAAAUAGAUCAAGAGUAAGUAACAUAAUACAUUAAUACUUCUUAAAAUGUGCUAUUUGCAAACUUAAUAUCAGCGAGUGCAGUCGGCUACGGCUGCGUUCCCAUAUAUUGUUAUAGACAGCUAAACCCUUCAACUAUGCAAUGAAUGUUAGGGCUUUUCACAAAAGCCCUCCUAACUCAAAGGAGCCUUUUCAGAUCCAUUUACAACAUACUUAAGGUCAUAUUUUCCCUGAACAAGCGCUUACGUGAUAGGACUCUGUUUUCCUUGCUUGUUUUUUUUUCCAAACGGAGAAACAUCCUAUUUUGCAAAUCGGACCCGGGCUGAAACUUGGCUCGCGAAGUUAAACUGCUCGCGGGCCGUGGGGGGGUGGGGGG